ACUAUCUUGUUUCUCUUCUCAUCUUUGGCUUUUCUAAUGAUCCAAGAUGGCGGCGCUGGUAGGACUGCGUGCAUGUUUCUCCGCACUUCAGCUUACUUCGCCAAGCCUUCUGCACAGCACUUACAGAUUGUGUGCGGUGCCUUUGAGCCGGCGGUCUUUUGCUGCUGAAGCCAAGAAAGUCUACACACGAGACAAGCCUCAUGUCAAUAUUGGAACUAUUGGACACGUUGAUCAUGGCAAAACCACCCUGACUGCUGCAAUCACAAAAGUUCUUUCAGAUGCAGGUGGAGCUAAUUAUAAAAAGUAUGAGGAUAUUGAUAAUGCCCCAGAGGAGAAAGCCAGAGGAAUCACCAUCAAUGCGUCUCAUGUAGAAUACACCACAGCCAACAGACACUAUGCUCACACGGACUGCCCCGGCCAUGCAGAUUACGUCAAGAACAUGAUCACAGGCACGGCACAGAUGGAUGGCUGUAUUCUGGUGGUGGCAGCUACAGACGGACAGAUGCCGCAGACUCGUGAGCACCUCUUGCUGGCCCGGCAGAUUGGUGUGGAGCAUGUGGUGGUCUUUAUAAACAAAGCUGACGCCGUGGAAGACAAGGAGAUGCUGGAGCUGGUGGAGAUUGAGAUCCGAGAGCUGCUCACGGAGUUCGGAUAUGAUGGAGAUAACACACCUGUUGUGAUUGGCUCAGCCCUCUGUGCCCUAGAGAACAAGCAACCUGAGCUGGGAGUAAACUCAAUCAUGAAACUCUUGGAUAUUGUGGACUCUUACGUGCCGCUGCCUAAGAGAAAGCUGGACGAGCCCUUCCUUCUGCCCAUUGAAGGGGUUUACUCUAUUCCAGGAAGGGGGACAGUAGUAUCGGGCACUAUGGAGAAAGGAGUUAUAAAGAAGGGAGACGACUGCGAGUUUAUCGGACACAACAGAGUCUUCAAGUCUGUAGUAACAGGUAUUGAAAUGUUCCACAAAUCUCUGGAGAGGGCCGAGGCCGGGGAUAACCUGGGUGCUCUGGUGCGAGGCCUGAAGAGGGAGGACGUGAGGAGGGGGAUGGUCAUGUGUAAACCAGGGUCCAUACUACCACAUCGGAAAGUAAAAGCCCAGGUGUAUGUACUGAGUAAAGAAGAGGGUGGUAGACAUAAGCCAUUUGUUACCAACUUUAUGCCUGUUAUGUUCUCUCUGACCUGGGACAUGGCCUGUCGGGUCACUCUGCCCAGCGAGAAGGAGAUGGUGAUGCCCGGUGAGGACACGCAGCUGACCCUCACCCUGCGACAGCCCAUGGUUUUGGAGAAAGGCCAGAGGUUCACCCUGAGAGACGGAAACAGGACCAUCGGCACAGGCCUGGUCACAGACAUCCUCCAGGUGACCGAUGAGGACGACGCAAACUGGGGUUGAAACUACAGACUGAAGGGGGAAGUGAGAGGCUCGGAUGGGUAGGAACUGCCCGUGUCUGGUCAAAUGAUGUAAUUCUGCGUUCAAGUGCUGCUGGUAAUUUUUAUGUAUGAAUUCUCAACAUGCAGAAGCUCACAAAAAGCCUGUGAAGCUAGAUUAUAUGUGAUAUUUCGUUGAUGGUAAAAAGGAAUGCUGCCCUUGUUGUUGUUAAAGCUACCAUCUGUAAUUGGCCGACCUGACCCUUGUAUUCUCAUAUACCACCACUAGAUGUAUCUAAAGUAGUACAUCUGACAGACGAAGACCAGAGCCCUGACAGAAGACGACCAGGGAGCAUAGGUGAGCUGGAACAAAGGCCAGUUGAGGAGGUAACAGGUUUCACAACUGCCAUCUACUGGUGAAAGAAAAUCAAAUAAAAUAGCUGAUGGUAGCUUUAAUAGAACACAUUAGAUUACAGAUUAAACUAAGAUAUUAAAUCAUUUGUUAUGAGAUCAAACACUAUUUGAUAAUGUCUGUUUAAUGCUAGCUACUACUAAAAGCACCCUACAUUGAACGACUAAUCUAAAAACCAUACAAAUUAUCCAUGCACUUGAAAGCAGCAGAAUAUACUGUACAAAUGCACACACUGCAACAGUUCUAAGGGGUUUGUCUUCAUGAAACAAACAAAUCUAUAAUUGCGUAACAUGUAUAGCUCUGUCUUUCUGUCAAAAUACCACAUCAGCUUGGUCAUUUGUGUAAUAAAAUGUAUUUAAUAAUAACAA